AAAUAUUGUUGCCACGAAAGGUCGUCAAUGUAAUCUUACAGAAAUUUAUUGGUAGUUGCUAUGGCAUGAUUUUUUAAUGACCGCUGAUGAAUAUUGAAGAUAAUUUCAUUUUUGUUUUCGCAUCUAUAAACGAACGUUGCUUUGAUAUCAAAGCCAAUAGAAAAUAUGUCUGUUUCGUAUUCUUCGAAUAAGCUGAGGGUUCCACCCGGAUUUCAAGCUUUGUUGGAAGGAGUUGCACGAGAGGUUCUAAGAGAACAGCCACGCGAUUGUGUGAAUUUUUGUGCAAAAUAUUUUAGAAAUUUAGUUGAGCAACGUGAACUAACUGGCCAAGAUGAUGCAAAGCGCUCAAAUGUUUUGGAACAAUUGAAUGAUGGGAAAAAUAUUGAUCUUGAUUUCAAUGAUCCAGCAUUGAGUAAUGCAGCUGUUAAAAUUCAAUCUCAAUUUCGUGGUUAUAAAACAAGAAAAGAAUUUGAUGAAAUGAAGAAAGAAAAUGUGAGCUCCUAUGUUGAUGUUGAUGAUCCCAAGCAACAAAAGGCUGCUAUUGUUAUACAGGCUGGUUAUCGUGGGCAUAAGGUGCGCUCUGAGCAAAAGAAUGCAUCAAAAUCAAUCCAGGUAGGUUAUAAUGAUUCUAAAACAAAAACUGAAGCAACUGACAAGGUGCAAGAGGAUUUUGAUGUAAACAAGACUGAGAUUCAACAUGCUGCUACUGUCAUUCAAGCUGGUUACCGUGGCUAUAAAUCCAGGCAAGAGGUUGCUAUGUUACAAAAAAUUAAGUCCAAAGGGGAACAUCUUGAGGCAAAGGAAGCAGGUCAUGAAGGACAUCAGGAACAUAUAGAGGCAAAGGAAGUAGGUCAUGAAGGACCUCUGGAAAAUAUAGAGGCAAAAGAAGCAGAUCAUGAGGAACAUGAGAAAUGUGAAGGACAUACAGAGACAAAGGAAGCAGGUUAUGAGGUACAUCAAGAAUACUCAGAAGCCAAGGAAGCAGGUCAUGAAGGACAUCUUGAACACAAGGAGGCUAAGGAAGCAGGUUAUGAGGAAUAUCAGGAGCAUAUAGCAACAAAUGAGGUGGAUGGUGAAAUUGGUUUAAAUGAUGAAGAGCUUGAAAAUGUUGAAAAUUUUCGAACUGACUAUUGUGAGGAUGUGCAUUUGGGAGAAAUUAAAAAAGAAGAAAUAGACGUAGAUUUUACAGAUCCAGAGGUUCAAAAUGCUGUUAUCACUCUUCAAGCUGGUUUUCGUGGUUUUAAAGCGAGAAAAGAACUAAAAGGAGCACAAGAGCUGGAAGAUGUUGAUGUAAAUGUCGAUGAUCUUGAAAAGCAAAAUGCCGCUACCAAAAUUCAAGCUGGAUUUCGAGGACAUUUAGCAAGAAAGCAACUGAAAUCACGUGAAGAGACAAGUGAAGAAAUUGAUACUCUUACAAACGAUCAAGAAAACGAAGCAGCCGUGAAAAUUCAAGCCAGUUUCCGUGGACAUAUGGUGCGUAAAAGUUUACAGCAGUAACGCAUCUUGUCGUUUUCGUAGGAAACUUUAAGAAACUUAAAGAUUGCAUGCUGUGAAAAUCUAAUUGUGUUGGGCAUAUUUUAACUUGUAGUCAUAUAAUUGUAAAAUUAUAUAAUAUAUGAAAUGAACACAUAAAAAUAAAAUACAAACAUUACAUGUGAGGAAUAUAAAUAAUAGUUAGCUACCUUUAUUAUUUGUAUGAAAACCUAUUAGUGUAAAAUUUUAAGAAAUCUAUUCGAAUUCCCAUA